GGAAAUUUUUCCAUUGACUAACUAGACCAAAGAACUACCUUAAAUAAACCUAAUGCAGAGAGUCUUAUCGCAGGCCUUUGCAUAGUAGCUGAAAGUUGAAGUGAUGACAGCAGAUAAGGAUGUUAGCCUUUGAAACUCAUUCGCUUUUUACUGUGGAAUUUUUUUCUCCUUCUGAAAGUCAGACUUUUAGAGACAAGAGACCACAUAUUUCCUGAACUCGUACAAAGCUGGGGAAACAGAGAGAGAGAAGAAAAGGGAGCAGGCAUACGAGACAGCCCCUCCACCCUAGCUCUGCCUGUUGACCUCUUCAGUGGAAUUAAGCCUCAUGUUCCCAAUGACAUUUUUUCACCUUGAAGAAACAAGAGGGAAGACGAAAGAAAACUGAAGAGUUAAUCUAUCCUCCAUCUCCUUGACUUGGGACAGCAAGCAAGUAAAGUGUCACAUACGGUGAACUUGAAGCAAUUGUGGCAAUUUAAGCAGCUCAGGCUUAUAUUUUAAACCAUCGUAUUUAUAACUGGAGGAGAAAGGACAUCAGUUACUUGAAGCAUUCAAACGGGAUCCCUGCAUAAUCUGUCACUCUUUGUGCUGGUGGUACUCCAUGUCAUAGCUUAAGCAGGUCUUUUCUGGUUUCUAGCCAGACUAGUUGCUGAAGAAGUGGUUUUGCAUCUAUUUAUCCACAAACAUCCUAACAAUCAAAUCCCUUCCUCUGGAUUCUGUUUCGUCUCUGGAGUAUAAUGUAAAGAAGGAGUUGUCCUGAAGCUUUAAUGAAAGCUGAAUUCAGCUAAGACAAAUGGAUUUUGGAAAGUAACCUUGUGGCUCUUUUGUGGAAGAAGAGACAAACAGCAAACAGAUGGCACGUGAUGACACAAUCCUAAAUUUAAAAGUGCCUUAAACUCUGGAAUGUGCAACUGAAAGUGAUCCAUAUCCUGGAUUUCCUCCAGUCUGCCUGCUUUCUGAGUAUGGGUUAAUGGCGUUCAAUCAUGGUGGUCACCCAGCUGAAAUUGAAACUGUGCUUCCAAGGGAAGAAACUCAGAGGUUUCACCUGUAAGUUCAUCAGAUCAGUCAGUGGAUACCUUCCAGAAACAUCUUUCUCCAUGGCAUCACAGAUCUUGGUGCCAUUCAUCUUCGCAGGUUUAGGCCUGGUGACUGCUGGCUUGUUGAUGGAUAUUAUUCAACACUGGAAAGUGUUUAAGACAAUCACAGAAAUAUUCAUCCUGAUUCCAGCCCUGGUUGGAUUGAAAGGCAACCUGGAAAUGACCUUGGCAUCUAGACUUUCUACUGCUGCUAAUAUUGGAAGGAUGGAUGAUACCCAGGAACAGUGGAGAAUGGCUACCUGUAAUUUGGCCCUGAUUCAGUUACAAGCCACGGUGGUGGGGCUUCUGGCAGCAAUUGCAGCAGUUCUUCUUGGUGCCUUGUCCAAGGGGUCUGUGGAACUGCACCAGGCAGCCAUGUUGUGUGCCAGCAGUUUGACGACAGCAUUCAUAGCCGCCCUCUUGCUUGGUCUGGUGAUGAUUGGUGUGAUCCUUGGUGCAAGAAAGAUGGGGAUAAACCCAGACAAUGUUGCCACCCCCGUAGCAGCGAGCCUUGGAGACCUGAUAACUCUUUCCCUGCUGGCUGCAGUCAGCAGCACCCUCUUCAGUUACAUAGAGAUGAGAUAUCUUUCGCCCAUGAUCUGUGUCGUCUUCAUUAUGAUGAUUCCUCUUUGGGUUGCUAUUGCCAGGCAGAGUCCUCCAAUUGCUGAGGUCCUGAAGUCUGGAUGGCAGCCAGUCAUUGUUGCAAUGGCCGUCAGCAGCAUUGGGGGGCUAAUCUUGAACAAAGCCUUAACCAACCCAAACUUUGAAGGCAUGGCUGUUUUCACCCCUGUGAUCAAUGGUGUUGGCGGCAAUUUGGUAGCUAUCCAGGCCAGUCGCAUCUCCACAUUUCUGCACUUCUGGAGCAUGCCUGGAGUCCUGCCACACAAGAUGAGGCAGCACUGGCCUAAUCCAUGUACCACCUUCUUAAGUUCAGGAGUCAAUUCAAAGUCAACUCGUGUCCUGAUCCUACUAGUGAUCCCAGGGCACCUGCUGUUCCUCUACACCAUUCAUUUCUUUGAGGCAGGCCACACAGCACUCACCUUCACUUUUGUGACAUUUUACCUGAUGGCUGCGGUUCUGCAGGUGGGAAUCCUGCUCUACCUGGCUGACCUUCUCGUGCGGUUGUUGUGGAGAAAGGGCCUGGAUCCUGACAACUAUUCCAUCCCCUACCUCACUGCUGUGGGUGACCUCCUCGGCACUGGCUUCCUGGCACUUUGUUUUCAGUUGGUUUGGAUGCUCGAUGGGUUAAAGACAAUAAGAGGAAACUAAACGGGACUUCUACUACAAUGUUGACCUCCUUUAUUUCUUUGACAAGUAAAAAUUCUCACUAUGGUGCUCUUGACAUGGUCCAAACAGGAUACUGAGAAGAGGACAUCCAGGUCCUUAAACUGAAAUGGAUUGGAUAUCCCCCCCCUUCAUUCUCAACACUGCAUAGGUGUGAGGUUUGAAAGAUACCUACCAAUGAAACAGCAUGAAUGUGGACUGCGAUUUUUGAAAUGUCAGCCAUGAAAAGAUGUGAAACAUACUGUUCACUAGGUUAAGAAGUGUUGUUACAAUCUAGGCCUGGUCUGAAAAGUCCAUUGAUGCUAAUGGGAGGCUAUCCACUGAUCUCAAUGGGGUUUAGAUUAUGUCCCAGAUGAUGUUGCACUCCCUGCCAGGCAUCAGCUCGCUAUCAAAGAUGACUGUCUGCAUUUCUUCUAUAUGAUCCCACAUAGCAGGGCAGGGAAGGGAGAGAGAUAAUUAUGUCCAGGGCUGUUCACACUCUGCACCCACCCCCAAAUUAUAUCAUACACUAGGGAAACCAAAACUUUGCACUAUAGUAGCUCAAAUUCUGCUUCACAAUACCUCAUGCAACUUAACAUUUAUAGCAAUGUAUGUAUUUUGCAUUAAAUUAAAUUUCUUAGUUUGCAUGCUUAUGCUUAAUCAGA